AUGAGAGGGUAUUAUGCAAGUAGUCAUGCAAAGAAUGCGAAUAAAAUAAGGGUCUCAAGAAAAAGAUCUGUGGAAGGGUGUCACAGUAAUCAAUUAUAUGAAAAUAGACAGGAACAACAAAGUUUGAGUGUAGAUGAACAUAUUAGUCGAGACAAGCACAUUGUAUUAUGCAUUGCAGAAAAACACUCAGUUGCAAAGGAGAUAGCAUGGUGUUUAUGUCCACAAAACCAAAAUCCUAAUUACUUAAAUAGUAAAAGCAAAACUAAUCCUGUACUUUCAUUUCCUUAUUAUUUUGAAGGAUCAAAAUGUAAUAUGAUUGUCACCUCAGUUCGUGGUCAUAUAAAACAGCUUAAAUUCGAUCCUCGUUUUUCAAGCUGGGAAACUGUGGAUCCAAUAGUAUUACUUAACCUUUCUACCCCUUUAAUUAAAGUAGUAAGCGAAGAUUGCAAUGAUAUUGCACAAAAUUUAAAGCAUUACUCUAAGUUAGCAUCUACGCUAAUUUUGUGGCUAGAUUGUGAUAGAGAAGGUGAAAAUAUAGCUUUUGAAGUUAUCAGCGUCUGUUUGGAUGCUAAUCCCAAACUUAAGAUAUUAAGGGCUCGAUUUUCAGCUUUAACUAAGUCAGAUAUUGAGGGUGCAAUGAAUAACUUAGUUGCCCCAAAUCGCGCAAUGAGCGAUGCAGUAGAAGCACGACAGGAAAUAGAUCUCAGAAUAGGUUCUUCAUUUACAAGAUUCCUAACUUUAAGGUAUCAAAAGUUAUUUCCCAUACCUGAAAGUACACUUAGUUAUGGACCAUGUCAAUUCCCUACACUGGGUUUUGUGGUAGACAGAUACCGUAAAAUAGUUAGUUUUAAGUCGGAACCAUUUUGGCAAAUUUCUGUUACGCUUUCUUUUCACUCAGAAGAUGGAAGCCUAAAAGAUAAGCUAAUUAAAUUUGAUUGGAUAAGAGAUCGAAUUUUUGAUCAUUUAGCAGCAUUAGUUAUAUAUGAAUUUUGUCUCGAGGAUCCUAUAGCAACCGUAGUAUCUGUACACGGAAAACAAGUUAGGAAUUACAAACCUCUACCGAUGAAUACAGUAGAAAUGACAAAAAUUGCAUCUAUAAAGCUAAAUAUUCCACCUAUAACUACAAUGAAUAUAGCUGAAAAUCUUUAUCAGAAGGGAUAUAUUUCUUAUCCCAGGACAGAAACCAACUCCUUCCCUGAAAGUAUGGAUCUCAAGGUGAUAAUUAGAGAACAAAUUAAUCACCAAACAUGGGGUAGAUAUGCCAGUUUGCUUAUUUCAAAUGACAAGUACUGUAAUCCGAGAUGUGGCAAUUCCAGUGAUGAGUCACACCCACCUAUACAUCCUGUAAAAUGUUUGGAUCAAAAUGAAGCAACAAGUGCAGAGGAGUGGAAACUUUAUGAACUUAUCACGCGUCACUUUUUGGCUGUAUGUUCUGAUGAUGCUAUCGGACAAGAAUCUGUUGUAAUACUUGAUAUUGCUGGUGAACAGUUCAAAGCUAAAGGUUUGGUUGUUUUAGAAGAGAAUUGGCUAGAUAUUUAUAAACCUUAUGAAAGGUGGUGUGGAAAUGUACUUCCAGAAUUUAACCAAGGUGAUAAACUCACUCCAUAUAGUAUUUUUUUAAGUCAAUCUAAAACUGAGCCACCACAUCUUAUAACUGAAGCAGAGCUAAUUGACUUGAUGGAUAAAAAUGGAAUAGGCACGGAUGCAACUAUGCACGAACACAUUGAAAAGAUACAAACUAGACAAUAUGUCAUAAAGAAUCCUCGAUCCCAAUUGAUACCCACCUCUCUAGGAUACGCCCUGGCAUUGGGAUUUGAAGAAAUAUCUAAGGAAGCUAACAAGAUAGAACAGCGAGAUGGUCUAUUAUUAGCUUCGGAUAGUAGUAGAAAUUCAAUAUGUAAAUUUGAUAAAAAUUUAAUAAGGCCGAAUCUUAGAUCUGCAAUGGAAUUUUCGAUGAAAGAAAUAUCUGGUGGAAUUUUAAACAGAAGUACUGUUGUUGCAGAGAUUCUUGAUUCUAUGAAAUAUAUUUAUCAAACAAUGGUACAUUCGAUAAGAUUUUUAGACAACUCAUUUAAGCUUUAUUUUCCUCGUUGGGACUCUGAUCUAGUCUUUAAAAAUGGAACUAUCCGUAUUAAGAGUUUUUCAAUUUGUGGUGGUUGUGAUUUAUAUAUGGACUUAAUUGAAGUAUUGAAAAAUAAUGUGUCUUUACCUGCUUUGCCAAUAAAUAAUGAGAGUAUUAAGGCAGAUACAAUCUCUCUAAGCCGUAGUUUCCUAAUGCUUGUAUGCAACCAAAAAAACUCAAGUUUAUGCAGUUCACCUCUCCAAUUACCAAAUAAUAAAGGACUUCAACCAAUUGAUUUUAGAUGUCCUUAUUGUAAAUAUCAAGUUAUUAAGUUAGAAAAUAUUCUAACAAAAAAGAAACACUUUAUUUGUCCAUUCUGCUUUAACAAUCCUCCACGGGAAUAUUCAUGUGUAGAAUUAAGAUGUUUUAUGUGUUCGCAUCCCACAUGUUCCUUGAAUAAAAGCUGGUAG